AGGAAGAAGCGAGUCGGUCACACCAUACGUGUCGUGACAAGCCCUCACUCGCUCCUUACUCCUUUCUCUUCAAAAUGUCAAACACCACGCGCCUCCAGUUUCCUUUUUUGUUAUAUUAUUUUUCUUCAAUUCAAUGAUUUACUCACCGUUUCUUGCCAUUCCUCAGUCGUCUUCUUUUUGUGCUCCGUUAUUCACCUUCAUCGUUGGCAAAAUUGAGGCUGCAGAGUAUAGCAGUCACAUUCGAGGAUCAUUAUGAGUUGUGGCUGCUUUGGAGCCUCAACUCUCAAGAAGAAAAGUCCUUCUCCUACUCCCAAUGAAAUUGACGUUUAUAUACUUGUGCUGUUACUCAGGCUAUCCACUUGAUAAUGUUAGACAUUUCUCUGACAAAGAACUGAGAUUGGCUACUGAUAAUUAUCAUCCAAGAUAUAAGAUAGGACGAGGAGGUUUUGGAAUUGUUUACAAGGGAACCUUAAAAGAUGGGAGACAAGUAGCAGUGAAGACCCUUUCAGCUGGGUCAAGGCAAGGAGUUCGUGAAUUUUUAACUGAGAUUAAAACUAUAUCAAAUGUUAAGCAUCCAAACCUUGUUGAGUUGGUCGGUUGCUGUGUUCAAGGGCCUAAUCGUAUUCUAGUCUAUGAGUAUGUGGAAAAUAACAGCCUUGAUCGUGCAUUACUUGGCACAAGGAGUAUAAACAUCAGACUAGACUGGAGAAAAAGAUCUAUUAUUUGCAUGGGCACUGCAAGGGGUCUUGCAUUUCUUCAUGAAGAACUUGUGCCACACAUCGUGCACAGAGACAUCAAAGCGAGCAACAUACUACUUGACACAGACUUUAAUCCAAAAAUAGGAGAUUUUGGGUUGGCUAAAUUAUUUCCUGAUGACAUCACUCAUAUUAGCACAAGAAUUGCUGGAACAACUGGUUACUUGGCGCCUGAAUAUGCAAUUGGUGGCCAGUUAACCCUGAAGGCUGAUGUGUAUAGUUUUGGGGUUCUUAUACUUGAAAUAGUUAGCGGCAGAAGCAGUUCAAGGACAAACUGGGGAGACUCGUACAAACUCCUCUUGGAAUGGGCAUGGCAACUCCAUGAAGAGGGGAAGUUGGUGGAGCUUGUGGAUCCAGAAAUGGGAGAGUUUCCUGAGGAAGAGGUGAUUAGGUACAUGAAGGUAGCAUUCUUCUGCACACAAGCAGCUGCGAGCAGAAGGCCAAUGAUGUCACAGGUUGUUGAUAUGUUGUCCAAGAAAACAAAGCUCAAUGAGAAGCAACUCACAGCACCAGGUUUCUUCCAAGACUCAGGAGAGUCUUCUCUAAAGAAGUCUUCUGGUGAGUCCACAAGCUAUCAGUUUAGCUCUACCCCUGCCAGUAUUACACAGGUCAACCCCCGGUAAAGCCAAUAUCGAAUAAAAUCAAAUAAAUCCUGUUGUGAAUUGUAGAUUUCAAAAAGAAAAGAAAAAAAGGAAAUCAAGAGAGAGAUGGCAGCUUCUUCUUCCCCCUUCUUUUGAAAGUGAAAAAAAUGUGAUAGGAUUUUGUUUCCUUUUCUUUUAGUUGUAAUUUUAAUUUUUUGAAUAUAAUGUGGCAAUUGAAAUUAAGUAACUUAUGGGAGAGCAUAUUGAAAUAAGAGGUAGAUAUUUGUUUGGAAUGUAUCUUAAUUUA